GGUCUUCAGCAGUCACUCUGUGCAGGUGCCCACCAGUCCCGCCUCCUCCCUGCCGCCUUCCGGGGUCCGUGCGGAAGCACAGCCUGUGCACCUGAGAGCCCGAGCCCCCGCGGUCAGCGCUGACAACAAGCCUACUUGUCGGUAUGGACGUGCCAUCUUAAGAAGCGAGAGGACUCUCCUGGGGGCGGAAUGAUACACCCCAGGGCACGAGCUGGCCGCGGAGAGCGGUAGGAUGCAAAUGCAGAUGUUACCCCCUAUCUCUGCUCUCCCGAGAACCCUCCCCGCCCCAAACCUGAAGUUGCAACCUUUGCAGCACGUAGAAGAGUAGCCUGUCCCCAGAUUGCCAGAGACGUGAUUGUAAAGUGAACGGGGACAGGACCUCACCAUUUGGCUCAGGUCCCAGUUCCUCUGGAGCAAAGUAACUCUUUCCCGUCAGGAAGGAGGGAGCCCCAGAAACAGCUGCCACUUGGAAGAACAGCCAUUCUGACAGGCCCUUCACCAGAGCUUCAGAGCAGAGGCAGAAGUUUCUAGAAAGGAGCAGAACUUCACAGUUUUUUACCUUCUUGCAGGAGCAGCAGAAAAUGAACGAAGCUCAGUUCCCAGCUACUAGUUCUGAGCAUCACACAGAGCAUUCACUCAUGUCAUUCGAAGACGUGGCUGUGGAGCUCAGCAGGGAUGAGUGGCAGUGCCUGGGUCCUGGGCAGAGGACCCUGUACAGAGAGGUGAUGCUGGAGAACUACAGCCACCUCGUCUCCAUGGGGUAUUGCAUUACCAAACCCCCAGUGAUUUUAAAGUUGGAGCAAGGUGAAGAGCCCUGGUCCUUAGAGGAAGAAUUCCUAAGUCAGACGUACCCAGGAUAUUACAAAGUUGAUGUCCACAUUGAGGAGAACCAGGAAAAACAAGAGAAACCUCUUUGGCAAGUAAUAUUCAUUGAUAAUAAACCACAGAGUAAAGAAAGGCAGAUCGUUUUAGAUAAUGCAACUCUGUUUAACCACAGGAGAACUGGUUCAAGGGAGAAAUGCUUUGAUCUUAAUGAUUGUGGGAGAUCCUGUGACAAAGCCACUAUUGAGGAAUAUGAUGAAGUUCAGAUGAUUGUGACACACUAUGAAUGUAAUGAAAGUGGAAAUAAUUUCAACAGGAAUUUACUCCUCAUUCAACCUCAGAGAACUGUUACAAGACAUGGUGCUUUUGAAAGCAGUGAAUGCGAAGAAAACUUGACCCAAAGCUCACCCCAUCUGGUACAUCAGAAGACACAAACUGGAGAUAAGGUCUGUGUUUUUAAUGGAUGUACAAGUGCCUCCUACCAGGACUUAGACCUUACAAUACAUCAGAGAACUCAGACAGAAGAGAAAUUCUACCAAUGUGGUAAACAUGGAGAAUCCUUGCAUCAAAACUCACUUUUCAGUGUACAUCAGGAAAAUGACAUAGGAGAGAAGGCAUUUGAAAGUAAUGAAUGCAGGAAGUUCUUUUACCAGAAAGCACACCUCAUUCAGCAACAGAGGACCCACUCAGAGGAGAAGACUUGUGAAUGUGAGGAGUGUGGGAAAUUCUUCUGUUCAAAUUCACACACUAGUCAUUAUCCUGGAACUCAUAUGGGGGCCUGUCUCUAUGAAUAUAAUGAAUGUGAGAAAACUUCCUGUCAGAUGUCAAACCUCAGUGAACAUCUGACAGUUCACACAAAAGAGAAACCUUGUAACAAUGAAUGUGGGGAAUCUUACAAGUGCGCCCUCUUAGUUCAUCAGAGAACACACACAGAGGUUGAACUCUAUCAAAGUAAUGAAUAUGGGAAAUCAUUCUGCAGGAUGGCACAGCUCAAAGAACAUCAGAGAAUUCACACAGAGGAGAAACCAAAUGAAUGUAUUGAAUGUGGGAAAACUUUCUCUAUGACAUCACAUCUCAGAGCACAUAAGAGAAUCCACACAGGCAAAAAGCCCCAUGAACGUAUUGCAUGUGGGAAAACUUUCUCUAAAAAGACACACCUCAGUGCACAUCAGAGAAUUCAUACAGGGGAGAAACCCUAUGAAUGUAAUGCAUGUGGGAAAACUUUUCCCCAGAGGACACACCUCAGUACUCAUCAGAGAAUUUACGCAGGUGAGAAACUGUAUGAAUGUAGUGAUUGUGGGAGGUCUUUUGCCCAUAAUUCAACCCUUAGAACACAUCAGAGAAUUCACACAGGUGAGAAACUGUAUGAAUGUAAUGCAUGUGGGAAAAGUUUCACUCAUAAUUCAGCCCUCCGAGUACAUCAAAGAAUUCACACUGGGGAGAAGCCAUAUGAAUGUAAUGCAUGUGGGAAAACUUUCUCCAAGACAUCACAUCUCAGUACACAUCAGAGAAUUCACACAGGGGAGAAACCCUAUGAAUGUAAUGCAUGUGGGAAAACUUUUUCCAGGAAGAUACACCUCAGUGCACAUCAGAGAAUUCACACAGGGGAGAAACCCUAUGAAUGUAAUGCAUGUGGGAAAACUUUUUCCCGUAAGACAAACCUCAGUACCCAUCGGAGAAUUCACACAGGUGAGAAACCGUAUGAAUGUAGUGAAUGUGGGAAGUUUUUUGCCCGUAUUUCUGGUCUAAGAUCACAUCAGAGAAUUCACACAGGGGAGAAACCCUAUGAGUGUAAUGAAUGUGGGACAGCUUUUGCCCACAGUUCAACUCUCAGAGAGCACCAGAGAAUUCACACAGGGGAGAAACCACAUGAAUGUAAUGAAUGUGGGAAAACUUUCGCUCGUAAGGCAGUUCUUCGGGUACAUUAUAACAGAAGGCACACCAGAGAGAAAAACCUUCCAUGUAAUGAAUUUGGGAAGUUCUGAAGAAACUGAUUAUUAAAACACACAGUGGAGAAGGUCAUGUCACACAGACUGCAAAUGGUUUCCUUUAACUAUUUCCUCUUCCAAUAGGCACAAGCAUGUCUAAAUUUCCCAAUCUGCCUUUCAUCCAGGUGGGACUGGCCAUAGGUUAUUAUGCUAUUACAUAUCAGCUAAGUUUAGCCUUUAAAAAUGGCAUUCUUCCUGUUCUAUGUUACUCAUACUGGAAUGGAGUAAUUUGCAAGGAAGACUUGUGUGCUGUAUAUUGAGUAUAGAGCACAAGGUAGUGAUGAAACAAUUUUCCACUAACAAAUCUUGCCCCGUUUUUUUUUCUUUUUUCUUUAAACAGGAAUUACUUUUGUACUGUGUUGAGCCUUAAAGAUUUGGUGUAUUGGUUAAAUGCAUAUAAUUUAGCCAACUCUGUUAGAAUGAAGUUAAACCUGUUAACCCUGGGUCAUUGGUGCCAAUUCAGCACCAACAGGAAUCCCUGAUUUGGGGUGCAGUGAAGGAAGCUUGACUCAGUGCUAUAGCAUGGCUGUAAAAAUAGCACAGCUGAGGAAUAGCUCAGUUGUGAUGCAGUGCAGCUGUGAAAACAGCAGGGGCUAGGUCACCCUUGGGCCAGGACUCUCUUUGGUCAGGCAGCUCUGGUCUGCUCCAGCGAGGCAUCUCCCAUGUUUCAACUGUAGCUGGGGAAAAACGGUCUCCAGUGGAAAGUUCGCUCCCAAACCAGAGGAAAGCUGGCUUCAAUGGACAGAAGUCCCUGCCUCUGGUCCCUGAUUGGUCUGUCCUCCUGCACAUGAGGCAUCCAAAUCCUCACAGUUUGGUCCAAAGGCACUGGUCCUGAUUGGUCAGAAUAGAGCUGCUCUGAUUGGAUGGAGAAAGCCUCAAUCCAAUUGGUAGAAAUAGGAUUCCAGGAAACCCUUAUAAGGGCUGGCUCAGCCAAUGGCAGUUUAGUGCUGAGCAGUGUGCAUGAAAGUCCCCUGUGCAGAAAUGGCUGCUGGCUCUGCUUUUUUUGUUUGUUUGUUUGAGCCAAGGUAGCCACCAGAAGCCCUUCUUAAUAGGUGUCUUUUUUUCCUUUGAGGGUUCACAAACUCUGUAAAUAUAAUAAAUGUCAGAAGAUCUAUCAUAAUUCAACCUGUCAUUGUAUAUUAUAGAACUCACAUGAGGAAGGCAACUUCUGUCAGUGAUCCUGAAUGAUCAGACAACCUCAUUAAAAAUGAGAGAAAUCUCAGGGAAAAACACAAAGGCCUUUACUUCCCAGUGAACUUUAUUAAACAUCAAACAAUUAAGAUUAGACUAAAACCUUGUAUUUUGUUGUGACAUUUCUAACACUGAGUUUUCAACAGAUAAUUUUUUUCUAAGAAAAUGUGUCAGUUUCAGAAAUGAGUAAAAUCUUCACCUAGAACUUAUGUACUAAAACUUGCUUUAUUAUAUUAAGUUUUAUAGAAAAUAUUUGUGCACAAACUCACUGUGGACAUUUUAAAGAUGGAAGAAUAGCUUGAAUUCUGUGGACAACACUAAUAAAUGUUUGUGACUGGUUUCUGA